AUGAAAUUUUGCAUACGCGUUUUCAGGAUUACGGAAAAGGACAACGGAUACAUAACACCUUAUCAGCUUUGCGCUGAAGGUUCCUCCUUAAGCGCGGGCAAAGCUUCUGGAGCAAGUCCUAGAUGGUAUCCGUUUAUCGGUUGUAAUAGUAUUUUACACAAAAGAACUGUUAAAUACGGGUCGCAGUGGAAAGCAAUAUCAGAAAUGGCGAAAGAAUAUUCAACAAAUGUGCUGGGAUUGAAGAUGGGAAACGAGAGGGUAGUGGUCGUUUACGGGGAAAAAAAUAUUCAGCAAGUUAGCAAUGACAAGGUCUUCGAUGCUCGGCCAGACAACUUCUUUUUAAGACUUAGGUCUUUUGGAAGAAGAUGUGGAAUCACAUUCGUAGAUGGUCCACUGUGGAGAGAACACAAAUUAUUCACAUUUAAAUAUUUAAGAAAUAUAGGUUAUGGAAAAGAGCUGAUGCAUGAAGACAUAAAAUAUAAUUUGAAAAAUAUAUUAAAUUUUAUAAACAACAGCAACGGAAAUCCAAUAAACAUAAAAAUUAUGGUUGCGAUGUCGGCUAUGAAUAUAUUAUGGAAGUAUGUAGCAGGUGAACAUAUAAAGGAUUCACAGCUUAGGAAAAUAAUAGAAUUACUAAGCGCUAGGUCAAAAAUCUUUACUAUGGCGGGGGGCUGGCUGAACCAGUGGCCUUUCUUAAGAUUUAUUGCACCCGAAUGGAGUGGUUAUGCUGUUAUUAAGAAAAUGAAUGAGCAAAUACAUGAUAUUAUUAUUGAAUCAAUAGAAAAACAUAAAAAAAAAUCAGUCAAGGGAAAAGAUUUUAUAUACGCUUUCCUUGAUGAAAUGCAUAAAAAUAAAGCGACAUAUACAGAGGAUCAGUUGACUGGUACAUGCUUAGAUUUCCUAAUUGCCGGUGCGCAGACAAUAGGAAGCUCCUUCGAUUUUAUGAUAUUAGCAGCAUUACGUAACGCGGAUAUUCAAGAAAAAAUGUACCAAGAAAUCAUUAGUGUUCUGGGCGAUGAAGAUUAUAAUUGGCCAGAUAUAAAAAGGCUCGUAUACACUACAGCGUUUGUGUGUGAAGUCCAAAGAUAUUACACAAUAGCCGUAUUUUCUGGUGCUAGAAGGACGCUUGCUGACAGUAUUUUGGAUGGCUAUACAAUACCCUCGGGUACCACUAUUCUCGUGUCGCUCGGCGAUUUGCACACAGAUCCGGAACUAUGGGACGAGCCGACUAAAUUCGAACCGGAGAGAUUUAUCGACGCGAACGGCCGACUGAAAUCUUCGACACAUUCAUACCCGUUUGGUUUAGGUCGCAGACGGUGUCCUGGGGAACCAUUGGCUAAGCCAUUCUUAUUGACAUCGUUAGUAGCGAUCUUACAGAAAUACAGAAUUGAAUCUAGCAAUGGAGUUUUACCUUCAGACGAACCACAUAUAGGGAUGCUCGCAGAACCUCGACCGUUCACUGCAAGAUUUGUCAAGAGAAAAUUAAGCCAGUGACACAAUAUUAGUAUAGUA